UGGCGAGUUGUAGGGUGCCGGGGCUGGCCUCAUGCACUGCACCAGAGUAUUAGACUAUUUUCCUCACAAACAAGCAAUGGCUGUGGAUGUAGCAAUGCAGCUAUACCUUUGCUCUUCACCCUUGCUAAGAGACAAGUGUGCCUGCAAAAUUGCUCCGAAGACAAGCAAGCCACUGCGGCCCUGCAUCCAGCCGAGCAGCAAAACUGCACUGACUGGACCAGAAGAGGCAACAAACUCCUUCACACACAACAAAGUGAAGAAGAGGGUGUCGUUUGCAGACAGCAGGGGCUUCGCUCUGACGAUGGUGAAGGUGUUUUCAGAGUUUGACGAUCCACUAGAUAUUCCUUUCAACAUCACAGAGCUGAUAAACAAUAUUGUGGGCCUGACAACAGUGGAGAGGGACAGCUUUGUCCUGGAUUUUGUUCAGCCCUCUGUGGACUACCUGGACUUCAGAAACCGCCUCCAGGUGGACUGUGUCUGCCUUGAAAACUGUAUGCUGAAGGAGCGAUCCAUUGUGGGAACAGUGAAGGUGAGGAACCUCGCUUUUGAAAAGACUGUGAAGAUCAGGAUGACAUUUGACACCUGGAAAAACUUCGUAGACUACCCAUGCCAGUAUGUCAAGGAUACGUAUGGAGGGUCGGACCGGGACACCUUUUCCUUUGACAUCAGCUUGCCCCAGGGAAUUCAGUCCCAUGAAAGAGUAGAGUUUGCCAUCUCCUUUGAGUGCAAUGGGAAGGUGUACUGGGACAGCAACAGGGGCACAAAUUACAGGAUCAUACGGUCAGAACUGAAGUCCGCCCAGGAUGCUGUCUGCCCCCCCAAGGGCCCUGACUUUGGCAGUGCCUUUGACCAGUUUGGGAGCCCUCGGUGCUCCUACGGCCUCUUUCCCGAGUGGCCCAGCUAUUCAGGCUAUGAGAAGCUAGGGCCUUACUACUGACCCAAGAACAGAGUCCUGACUGACUAACUGUUGUUGGCUUGUCCACAGGCCUGAGAGCUGGUCUGAAUGCGAGGUAUAUGGAAAGGACAAAGAUGUAUGGUUUCAGGCAGCUCUGCAUAAGCCUCGGAGCAAAACCAGUUGUGGAGUGCUCUGCUGGCAGUGGACUGAAUAGCUAGGGAAGUGUCUCUGGCCCAAAGGGCUGCCUUCCCUGCCCCAACUUGGAUAACUGUCUCUCCAAAUGCUCAAAGAACCAGGAGCUGUUGCUUGUGUUUCUCUUCAGUGCUGCUACUCCCUCCUCUUCUGUAAAGCUGCUAGUCUCCUGGGAAACACUACAGUGCUUAUAUCACAUGUCCAGACUAUGUAGUGGUGGUUGGUUUGUAUUGCUUGCCUAGUGCUAAAAAGCUUUUUCAAAGUAUGUUCUGUUACCGUUUUAGUGAGCUGUACUGCAGCUGCAGGGCUGUCCUUGCAAAGCUGGCCUGUGCUUGUCAAGUAGUAGAGGGGUUGGCUUGUAUGGAAUGGAGUACCAUCCUUGCAUGUGUCCUUGUAGUGCGAGGUCCUUCCUACUGGAGCCAGAAAGGGUGUUUUGGAAGUGAAAAUGCAACUGUGAUGACAGGAAAUGUGGUCCUACAGGCUGCCGUAUUAGGAGACUUGUGUGCCUGUGGGAGAAGAUCUUGUGCUUAGUCACCAGUUGUUUUAUCAGCUGAUCUCUAAAAACUCUUGUGGUGUUACCUAAAAUAGAGAUUAGCUGUAGCUGUGUGGUGCUUGUAACACUGCUGUGGGUUGACAGCCUUGAAUGACUUCUUAAACUUUCCUGUUUCUUUAAUCACAAGUCAUCAAUGAUGCUUUUUCCCUUUGAUGGACAUCUGAAGUCAGCUGUUGGCCAUGUUUGGCCCUGAAAACACCAUUCUUCCUCCUGUGGACUGUAAAACGGGGCUUUGUCUGGCUGGGGCCCAGAGUCCUAAGCAGGAGGCUGUGCUCAGGUGUUACAGGAGCUAAAUGCAAAUGGAUCACAUAGCUACUCUGCUGUGUUCUGUUACAAGAAGGUAACUGUUGUGUACCUACUGUGGUGGGAGUGCCUUGACUGAGAAAGGGGUGGUAUGUGUGAUCCCAGUGAUGUUUUGGGAUAAACAGGCUCUGGAAAUGACACUGCUUUUAAAAAAAAAAUCUUC